AUGAAAAUAUUUUCCUACGACAUUAUAGAACGCCAUUUAAACACCAUAGGAGUGAGAAAUGAAGUUGACGAAGCUCUGACAUUACCGAUAAUCAGCCAAGACGUACUCGGCAUUAAUGUCAUAGACACAAGCUGGAGUUGGAAGACCACAAUGGGCAGACAAAUCAUGUUUGUCCUCCUAACUAUUUACGCUAGUUUAUGUUGCUUUGACUUCGUCAAAGAUGCGACGGAUUUCGCGUCCAUUAACCAAGCUUACUUUGGAAUGCUAUAUACGUUGUUGAUACAGUUAAAAAUCUUUCUUUUAAUCAACAGUCGAGAGAAUUUCAAAAAGUCCUACCUGAUUGCGAAGACAGCGCUGUUUGAUAUCGUGAAGUCUGACUCCUUGGAUAAGUCGGCGAAAUUGUUGAAACAGUUUAAAUCCAUGGUGUAUAUAUUCGUUGGUGUUGUAAUAGUACCCCUGGCAGGAUACAUGAUAAAUGUCGGCUGGCAUUAUUUUAUACUGGGCACGAGGGUUAAUCUGAUAACUCAUUCAUCGUUAUUCCCCAUGAUAAGUCCUUACUAUGAGUUCGGUUUGAUUUACCAGACGAUAAUUUAUUUUAUAGUGCUAAUCCCGUGUUUUGUAGUAGAUUUCUGGUUCGUAAUCUUCAUAUUUACUUUCUGUACGGCCAGCGAAAGUUUAGUGGAGAUGUUGAAGGUUCAACGUGACUCUAAUGAAAUUGGAAUGGAAUACAAGAAUCGGCUCAACGACACGCUCAAGGCUUUUUAUGGAAAUCAUGUUAAAUUGGUCGAGUUUUUCAAUAUUCUGAAUAGCAUGUACAAGUGGCAAGCUGUUAUCCCGCUGUUCAGCGCCUUCGCCACUAUUUGUGUGUUGCUGUUCACGAUGGCAGAGGACAUGCAAUGGCACUUCGUAAUGACUCACGCGUCGCCCGCGUUAUUUCAAAUCUCUGCUUACAACUGGUUCGGUGAACAAGUCAUCUUUCAGGGAUGUGAGCUAUGCAAUACUCUAAUGGAAUUCGACUGGACGAGCAUGCGACUAAAAGAUAAGAAGAAUUAUUUCAUUAUAAUCGGUUAUAUGAACAAAGAAUUUAAGAUUACUACAGCGUUGGGGAAUGAUCUGUCUUUGCUGACAAUGAGCUCGCUACUCAAAGCGAGCUACCAGACAUGCGCAUUGCUCAGAUCAAUGGAUAUUUAAAAAGAAUAUACUCAAAAAUAUUUCUGAACAAAAAAAAAUAAUCUAUAAAUAAUGGUGACUUACCUUUUUUUUUAUUGUAUUUUGAUCUGAUAUUUAAGUGUUUUUCUUUCUUUUAAUUCACUUCAAAUAAAAUGAUCUGGAGCACCAAUUAAAAACGUGAAAUAAGAUGUCAAUAUUUUACUACCACAUUUGUUUCAUUUCUAGUAAAUUUUUGAGUGGGUCACUCAAAGUCAAUCCUUACAAAUCAAAAUUUACAAAUGGCCUCAUUAAUAAUGAUAAAAAAACUAUUAUGAAAGCAGUACGCAGUCACUUUAUUUCCAGAGUAUUUUCUUUGACCAAGAAAAUAAUCGUAGGUCGUGGUAGCCUAGUGAAGAACGAACCUGUCGAGUAUGAGGGCGUGG